GACUACGUGAUCGAAUGUUACGCAUUAUUUCCCAAAACCAAUAUACUCCUGUUUGGCUAAACGGAUAAAUGUCUAAAUCACUUACUAUAAUACUCACGGGCGGAACAGGCUGUGUGGGUUUUGCAACUACGAAAGCACUACUCGAGCAUUACAGCAAUGAUAACAAACUGGAAGUCAAUAAUGUAUCAAUACACAUCCUGGACGUUGCAAUUCCUUCCGAAUCAGAUGAUAACUUUAUAGCGGCUGUCAAACAAUACCACAAAGUAGAUAUUACCGACGCGACUGAAAUUGCCUCGCUGUUUCUAAACCUCAGACCCGAUGUGGUUAUACAUACAGCAUCUAUCAUCCCAUCUGCGGCACGAAAACAGCACAUUUCGGACCACAGGCUGUGGGAUGUUAAUGUCGGCGGCACAAAGAAUGUUCUUGAUGCCGCAGAACAGUGCGGAACCGUUGAGGCAUUGGUAUAUACGAGUUCGUGUGAUGUUGUGAAGCCGAAUAGUUGGAUGAAUUUUGUGAAUGCAAACGAGAAGGAUACGGCGUAUUUGAUGGAUGCUGAAAAGUGGGACGGAGAGUAUGCAAGAACGAAGGCUGCAGCAGAAAAGCUAGUUCUUGCAGAAGACCGGAAGGUUAAGACAUGUGCUAUUCGUACUCACGGCGUCGUUGGUACUCAUGAUCAGAAUCUAUUUCCAUUAGUUGCGACUAGUCCACGCAAAUUAUCGCUUGGAUCGGGCAAGAAUCUCUAUGACUUUUCAUCCGCGGAUAAUGUUGCUUUAGCACAUCUUCUCGCCGUGGACAAUUUACUAUUGAAAAAGGAUCCCACUGCUAAUCAACGUGCUUUCUUCGUUUCUGAUGGGAAUCCAAAACCAUUCCGUGAGUUACAAGAAAUGGUAUGGCGAGAGGUCGAUGGCGUUGAUGACCCGAAGAGUUAUGGUGGGCAUAUGGUGAUUCCUGUGUGGUUGUUUACUGGUAUUCUUCGCUUUUUAGGGCUGUUUAUGAAGACAGACAUAUCGCCGGAUGAUGUAGGUGAUGCAGUUGCGACUCGAUAUUUUGAUAUCUCGGAGGCAAGGAAAGUGCUGGGCUAUGAGCCUAAGAAGACCCUUGAAGAGUCUAUGCGAGACGCAUGCUUGUCUUGGAGAAAGAGAUCAGAGAGUUAGUAAAGUGAUUGGAAGUGCUUCUUGAGUAUAUAUUUUGUUAUCGGACAGAGUCCAUAUAGUAGGACGACAGAAUUUUGAGCAUGGCACCACAAAAGUGGAUUAAGUAUAGAGGCCAUCCCCAUAUCAAUGC